UCCUGCCUUUACCACUUCUUCCCUGCAGCGUCUUCGGUUCCCCCACCGCUGUGGGCCAGGUUCCCCCUCCAGGCUGCUGGGCUGGGACUGAGUCACUUCUUCCCAGGCUGUAAAUCCUGGGACUGCUGUGCAAGGCAGAGUCACUAGGGACGGACUCAGGCAGCAGAGCCGCGUUCUCAUGCCCCAGCCAGCCAGGCUCUCCUGGGAUCUGGGCUGGAAGGGGCUGCCGAGACCAUCAGUCAAAUCUGUGGUCUACAGGUGGGGAAACUGAGGCUCAAGGAAGGCUCUGCGUCCUGCUUUGUGUAAGGAGAGAGCUGGGCAGUGAGGCCGAGGGUCCUUCCUGGGCUCACAGUCCAAGUCGCAAGGAAUCACAUCAUUUCCAAGUACCCAUGGCAGAAGAGGGAGCCAUCCUCAAGGUCACCAAAGACCUAAGAGCUGCCGUCUCUGCCAUCCUCCAGGGCUAUGGGGAUGGGCAGGGGCCAGUGACAGACACCAGUGCUGAGCUGCACAGACUCUGUGGCUGCCUGGAGCUGCUGCUGCAGUUUGACCAGAAAGAGCAGAAGAGCUUCCUGGGGCCUCGGAAGGAUUACUGGGACUUUCUCUGCACUGCCCUGCGACGGCAGCGGGGGGACAUGGAGCCAAUCCACUUUGUCCGUUCCCAGGACAAGUUGAAGACCCCUCUGGGGAAAGGCCGUGCCUUCAUCCGCUUCUGCCUGGCCCACGGGCAGCUGGCUGAGGCCCUGCAGCUUUGCCUCCUGAACCCAGAGCUCACCAGGGAAUGGUAUGGACCCCGGAGCCCUCUGCUCUGCCCAGAACGCCAAGAAGACAUCCUGGACUCUCUCUAUGUUCUCAAUGGGGUGACCUUCAAGUUGGACCUCCAGCAGCCAGACCUGGAUGGAGCCUGGCCCAUGUUCUCAGAGUCACGCUGCUCCAGUUCCACCCAAACCCAGGGAAGGAGACCCAGAAAAAACAAAGAUGCCCCAAAGAAGAUCCCAGCCACAUAUGGAGGGCCCGAAAAUGUCCAGAUUGAGGACUCACACACCAGUCAAGCCGUCUGUCUGCAAGAUGCACCGAGUGGACAGCAGUUGGCAGGGCUUCCCAGGUCCCAGCAACAAAGGCAUCUUCCUUUCUUUUUGGAAAAGAAGGGGGAAAAUUCCAGGAGACAUAGGUACCCCCAGAGCAUGUGGGAGCCAGGAGGGGAGGAGCUUCAGCUAGACCAGGAGGAAGCAGCCCCAUGGAUUGAGAUCUUCCUGGGGAACUCAACAUCCAGCACCCAGGGACAGGGGAAGGGGGCUAUGGGCACUCAGAAGGAGGUGAUAGGGAUGGAGGCUGAGGGCACAGGGGUUCUUCUGGUUGCAAAGGGUCAGAGAACAACAGAGGGGACUCGUGAAAAGGAAGCAGAGUGGAGUCAUGUCCAGAGGCUGCUGAUGCCCAGCUCCAGAGGGACCAUAGCAGGAGCAGUAUCGGGGAGCAGGCAGAGGUCGGGGGGCUCUAGCAUCCUAGGGGAGCCCUGGGUCCUUCAGGGACUCGCAACAAAGGAAGACUCUACCGUGGAGAAUCCACAAGUGCAAACGGAAGUGACCCUUGUGGCCAGAAGGGAGGAGCAAGCCGAGGUGUCCCUGCAGGACGAGAUCAAGAGCCUCAGACUUGGGCUCCAGAAGGCUGAGGAGAAGGCCCAGCGCCAGGAGCAGCUGCUGAGAGAGCAGGAGGGGGAGCUGCAGGCACUUCGGGAGCAGCUCAGCAGGUGUCAGGAAGAGAGAGCUGAGCUGCAGGCACAGCUGGAGCAGAAGCAACAGGAGGCUGAGAGAAGGGAUGCCAUGUACCAGGAGGAGCUUGGAGGGCAGCGGGACUUGGUCCAGGCCAUGAAGAGGCGGGUGUUGGAACUGAUCCAAGAGAAGGACCACCUGUGGCAGAGGCUCCAGCAUCUCUCUUCCAUGGCCCCUGGGUGCUGCGUGGCCUGUAGCAAGAUCUUUGGCCGAUUGUCUCGGCGGUAUCCAUGCAGGCUCUGCGGAGGCCUGCUCUGCCACGCUUGCUCCGUGGAUUACAAGAAGAGAGACCACUGCUGCCCGCCCUGUGCCCAGGGAGGAGAAGCCCAGGUCACCUGACCAAGACCAAGACCAGCCCAUGACUGGCCUCCCACCCGCCUGCCCAUCCCACUCAAUCCACUCCCUGCCUGUAGCUCUUCCCAGCCCUCUUGUUUGUCCAGUCCUAAUUCUAGACACUGAAGAUCUAAGGCACCAGCACUUCUGUGGGCAGAGUAGGGUAUGGGAAGUGGUUCCAGCCCUGCAGCUACCACAACGAGCUAGGUGACUUUGGCGAAGCCCUCAGUGCUCAGGGCUUCUUCUCUAAUGUUAAGAGUCGGGCCCCAUCCUCUUUAAAGUCCCUCUGGGCUCAGCAAAUCCAUGACUGUAGAUAAGACCCCAGCAGCCCUGACAUUUCUCCUGCACACUCCCCACUCACCUAGCAGGGGUGCCCACCCUUCCUGAUUCACUAGAAGUGAAGCCUGCGCUGUCUUGGACUCCCCAGCAGCUUCCUGUCUGGAGUCAGCUUCAGGGAUCUGUGUUUGUGUUGCUGUGUUUCUUUUUAUGUUUAUUGAAGUACUACUGACAUAUGAUAAACAUCACAGAGUGUACAAUUUGAUGUUUCGAUUUUAAUAAACACCAGUGAAACCAU